AUAUGUGAGAUUAAACAGUGGUGGAUAUAAAUGGGUUGAAAAAGACUGUAGGUAGUAAAAUCAUUCAGUUUUAGCUGUAUUGGGAAUAGACAGGGAAAGGUGGUAUUUGAGAGGGAUCGGAGGAGUGCGGUUUACGUCUUGUAAGUGUUCAUCGAAUGAAUGGUAGGGUCCAACCACCGAAUCGUUUGAGCGAUCAGUUGCAUAUUGGCAAAUCAAGCGAGCGCUUCGCUUCAUUUUAACCAUCGAUUAAUUUGAAUUAAAAACAAUAUUUCUUUGUAUAGUGAAUGAGAAAUUUAAUAUACUUGUGUAGGUUUUGAUAUUUAAUGCAAAAGUGGGCUGUAUAUUUUUGCAAAAGGCUGCUGAUAGAGUUGUGAAUAAACGGAUUAUAUUUGCAUUUUCCAAUCUUUUGUUUGUUUGGAUUUUACUGCCGAAAAAGAUAAACUAGGAUAUAAACUAGCAAAUCUAUCGCGGUGUUUACGUUUUUCGACUCCUUUUUAACGGAAGUUUUCUAAAAUAUAAAUAGUUGUGACCCAAGCCUACUGGAAGCUAAAAAAAGGACACUGUGGCUGAAAAUACUGCCGGAUGUUUUUUACAAUAUAAACAAUGAAAAUAAUUUAUCCAACCUAAACAUAAAUUUAUGCGGAAUUCUUGAACACAGAACAUGACAUUUUAUGUCCUGGAGGACGAAACCCAGCGAGUCUGUUGAGAUGUGAUAAUCGAUUAAGUACUGAGACAAAAAUCAAACACAGUUGUUGGAUUAAUUCGUUUAGAAGUUAAUUUUAAAGACGGAAUGGAUUUUAGAGAGAAAAUGGCACUGAACGGAUUAACUGUGAUCCUUUUUGGACUUUUACUUGGGGUGAGCGGGAUGAGGAUUACGCUCGAUGAUGGUUCACAGGAACACUGCAAGAAGUACAAGAUGUGUAAAACGGGGAAGGUGUGCGCCGUGCAACAUUUUGAUUGGCCGAAAAACAUCACAAUUCCCGUCUGCAUCCCACUCUCAUUCGUACCCGCUGAGUAUACAAAAGUGCGGAACAUGUACUGCCAACUUCCGCCGGACACGGGACGCUGUCAUGCGCGAUACAUUCGUUGGUAUUUCAACAUCAACUCUCAAGAUUGCACUCACUUUCAAUAUGGCGGCUGUGAAGGGAACCAGAAUAAUUUCAAGAGUAAAGCAGACUGUGAGCAAACGUGUAUGGCCACGCCCACAAUUCGACUUUACGACGGCACCCAAUCCGCUCUGGUUCAGCCGUCAAUCAUAUCUCAACCCGUUUACCAGCCACCGGUUGAUACUAAAUUUAGCUACGAGGCACUUAAUUCGGUCCAAGAAGGACCACAACCAGCUCACACGUUUGACCGAUAUAACGUCGCGCGUCACCGGUUAAACCGGGUUAGAGCGGACGAAGCUGCAACAAGGACAAGACGACGUCUUGACAAGGAGAAGGAAAAGGAACGGAAACGUAAGGAGCGUGAACGUAAACGUGAAAAGAAACGUUUACGUCGAUUACGUAAAAAGGAGCUGAGACGGAAGAUUAAGCGAGAGCAGAAAGAAAAAGAGAAAAAAGAACAAAAGAAGAAUAAGAAGGAUAAAAAUAAGAAUAUCCUUUUAGAUGAGCGGAGAAAAGAUGACGACACUGAUCUUAUUGGAGCGGAAAAUACUAAGAAUAAUGUUAAGGAAACGAAGAAUAUGAUUACUCAUGAACUGGAAGAGGAAACUGAAAACGAAAGACGUAGAAAGGAACGACGGAGAGAGCGAAAACGUCAAAAACGUAAAGAAAAGAAACGCAAACGUAAGGAAAGGGAAAGAAGGAAGGAGUUAGAGAAAUUGAAUAAACAAUCAGACUUAGAUGAUUCGGAAGAACGUGAACGGGCUGAGUUUAAGAAACCAGACUCUCAAUUGUCUGCGAAAAUGUUCGCAAUUCUGGACCAGGGUAAGGAUAGUAAACAUCAGAAAAACGGUGAUGAGCGUACAACGUGAGAUUAAAAUACUUUGUUAAAAAGAAAUACAUUUUGAUAGAUGUUUUCUUCAUGGCCAUUUGAAUAUGCGAUCUGAUAGGAAACAUUAUAUUGGACUUCCAAAUAGUUUUGUUUUUUGUUUUAGAUUUGUGUAGUGUUAAUCAAAUAAAGUGGACAAUAAGUAUGAAAAGUGUGAAACACAGGAGUGUAUUAUUUCUUCCAUUACGGAUGUGAACUUUGGGGAAACACAACAAACUCUUCGAAAGCAAUACAUGUUCAGCUCCACGGAUUUUGUGGCCAGUUUUGUUUAUGUAUAGACUGGAAAGACUUUGGGCUUUCAUUUUGACAUUCGUUACGGUUGUUUUCGAGAAACAACGAAUCCUGGAGUUUCGUUAACUUGUAGCGAUCUGUUGGAGCGAUCGUUUCACUGUUUUGUUGAGCAUGAACUAAUCGGUAUGAGUAAAAGACGGACUGAUUCUUUGACGAACUUGUCAAUUUUGAAUCACGGGUUGCCAGUUUUUACAACGGGCAUAAACGUUUUAAAAAAUAUGUACCCUAUUUAAACCUUUAGUUUCUAGUAAUAAUUUUGGAAGUUAUUAUGUUAUAUAUGUGGAAACGCUCAUGAUAUAUAUUUAUCUUUAAAGAGGUUUUGUACUGAAAAAAAAUGUCCCAAGUUCUGUAAUCUUAUUUUUAAAAUUUACGGAAACACUAUGUUUGUUAAAAAACGAAUUUCCGAAAUAACAUAUUCCAUUCAAGAUACUGGUGUACGCCAUAAGAACCCCAAAUACCUCCUUAACACUGAAUGAAAACCUUUGACCAGAAGGCAUGUACUAUACAUUUUGUAAAUUUGUUUUAUUUUCGCAAGGAAGAAUUUAUUAUGGUUACAAUUACAUUUGAACCUCGACGAAGCUUCAGAGAUAUUGUACCAUGAUUUCAAAUCUUAAAGUUAAGGUAUUUUGGUUCUAUUAACUGCAAAGAAAGCAGAAGAAGCAGUCUUUGGUUUCGAAAGGUCCUUCACAGCAAGCUUAUAUCCACGUUUCGAGUUAAUAUCAUGACUUGAUAGACAACAAUAAGUGUAUGUAAUUGCUCUUUGGUCAGUACUUGUUAAGGAAACAUGCAGUUUGUUUCACCUAUCAUGAAAUGUUGGUUUGUAUAUAGGAGUAUUGUUUGUGUUAUAGCAAAUUAUUGUUGUCAUCAAUGUACAUUAUCAUCCUAUGUGUAUGUUUCCGUGUACAAAGUUGUGAUUUUUAUAUCGUUAAUCUUUCAAAAACCUCUAGAAAUAAUGUGUGUGUUUUUUUUCUGAAGAAGAUUUGAUAAAACGGAUUUAGCGGGAAUAUUCAGGAUUUCGGAAGUAAAUGUAUUUUGUGGUUUUGUAGGUUUUUUUUAUAUCCAAAACAACCAAAAUGAUGAUACCGACAUCCGCCUUUGAGUUGAUACUCAAUUCACGAGUCCCUAUGUUUAAAGUGUGCACAAAGGCAUAUUAGCAAAAAAUGCAACCGGAAUGUUUUAAUGAACACAUAAAAUAUCCUGUUAAAAUGUCAUGGUUAUAGAUGCUGUUAAAAUGUCAUGGUUAAAAAACCAUACCAUAAAGUAUAUACAUUGUAAUUUUUACUUAAAAUCACUUUCAAACAUCGAUUCGAACUACUAAUGUCAAUUGUGUACCGUUGAAACUGUUUGAAAUUUAUCUUUUCAAUUGAGCGCGUUUAUGUCAUAUAUUUUAUUUAUGUGAUAAUGUACUUGUUCAUUAGCCACUUCAUACUUUAUACUCAUGUAAAUGAUUACCAAAUAUUUUCCAUUUAUUUAAAUCAUACAUUCUUAAGAAAAAUGCAUGGUUACAUAUUUUAGUGAUAGAUUAAGAUAUUGUGACUCUAUCAAAUCGUGAAUAUUCGAAUAAUUUCCGUAAUGCUCACGAUCUUUUCCGGCGAACAUAUUUACAAUAUAAGCCGACAUGUUCGGCUUUAUUCCGAAUGUUUCCGAUUUGCUAGGGUCGCUCUUCUUUGAAGUUAUUUGUUGAAAUAUUUUAGGUAUUACAUAUUUCACCUUUAUGUAUGUAAAAUAUCAAUAAAUCGUUGUUACCACAUAA